CAUGAGCUCAAAAUCGUUCAACUGCUCACUCUCGGAUGGAGAGAUCCCAGUAUCCGGCCAGUUCUUCCAAGCCAUUCAGUCCGACCUGUGGAUCUUCAUCAUUCCGGCUGUGCUCACCUUCCUGAUCCUCAUCCUCUUCCUGGAGGAGAUGGGCUUCCUCCUUCGGAAUAUCCGGACAUCGAAACGUAGGCGGCUCAGCCUCUGGAUCCUGGGGAUCUACCCGGUGUUUGCGGUCACCUCCCUGAUUGCCAUGUACAUUCCCAGAUCCGCCUCCCUCUGCAGCUUUGUCGCCUCCAUCUACCACUCCAUCACCCUUUGGAAGUUCCUGGGGCUGAUCAGGGAUUUCUUUGGUGGGAAGAGGCGGAUGUUGGAGCUGCUGAAUGGACAGCUGGUCUCCCCCAAUCCCUUCCCAUGCUGCUGCUGCUGCUGCCUGCCAUUGAUCACUAUCAACAGUGUGAAUCUGAGUUGGAUGACCGUCGCGGUGUUCCAGUUAUCCGUUGUCAGGACAAUCCUCUUCUUCCUGCUGCUGGUGCUCUGGAGUGACGGGAAAUACGAUUAUGGAGACGUCGCUUUCAUUAACCCCAACUCUUACGUCAACAUCAUCAUUGGUGUGUCCACCUUUGUCUCUUUCUACGGCUACCUCUUGUACUACAAGGCUACCAAGAACUCGCUCCAUGGCUACGGCCUCCAGGGCAAGUUCAUCUGCAUCAUUGUGGUCCUGGUACUCUUUGGCCUUCAGAGUGGUAUUCUGGAGACUAUGGGGGCACUCAGUGUCAUCCCCUGCUUCCCACCCUUCUCGGUCGACAUGCGCUCUCAGAUUAUCUUCCAUUACGCUGUCAUUGUCGAGAUGUUCUUCAUCAGUCUAUUGGCCCGUUACUGCUUUCGGAAGGUGGAGCCCGGCCAGGACUCUCCCGAUGGCCUGUCCAAGGCCAGCUCACCCAAGUCCAACCAGGCGGCUCCUGCCUGCAGCUUUCCUGAAACUGACAGCUCCUCUCUGGGCGUUAACCCCGCUUACAGCAGUGACCCUGAGGACGCGCCGUACAGAAUCGAACACACUCCUUUGGAAAAGUUUGACUUCAGGCUGGCUAAGAAACCAGCCCCGGACAGCUGCUUCGUCUCGGUCCCUCUGAACGAGCGGGAGGGAGUCACACGGAAUCUGAGUGGCUCGCAGCGCCAAGCCGGGCCUGGCACGGCGAAUACGGUGGAGGUGACGGCACAGAUAAACCAACCCAAGUCCUGUCCGGACGUGAUGCUGGUCUGA